UUAACAGGGUUUUUUGUUUUGCAAAAAUUAGGGUUAGGGUUUAUCGCGCGAUGCCUGCGAAGGCCAAGGCGAAGGCCGUGGCAUCGGAUUCGGACGAGGAUUCCUGGGACGAUGAGGAGGCGGGAUUCGGGCAAGAGACGCAGCAUUUGCUCCAGGAGCAAAGCUCUGAUGGCCCGGAUGAAGUGGAAACCUUUUCGAAGUCGGAUGGAAGGCUCCGGUUGAGGCCAGAUAUAUCACUUGAAGGGAAGGAGUAUUCCGGUCGCAAGAGCAGCAGAAAGAAUGCUUUUGAUGGGAUCAGUGACGACGAUUUUCACGAUCGGGAUGAUCUACAACCAGCUUUCAGCGAGGAGGAGGACGACGACGAAAAACAAGUAGAAAAGAACGUUCUUGAUGACGAUUUUGAAGCCGUCAACAAGGAAUACGAAGAUCUUAAUAAAGAAGAACAAGAGAUGUUGAAGAGCUUGAGAGGACAGAAUGAUGUGGAUAUACGGAAAGGCCGAGCAGUGAAAAACCAGAUGGAAUUGUGGGGCAGCGCUUUGCAUAUGCGAAUUGCGUUGCAGAAGAUAGUUGCAGGAUCCAAUCUGCUACCACAGGAGGAAGCGUCGAGCCCAAGCGAAGCACAACAAACGCUGAAAGCGGCGGCCUUGCAGACCCUUGAUUCGCUUCUGGAUCUAGAAAAGGCAUUGCUGGAACAAAACCGGGAGGCACUCGAUGCUUACAGAAAAGAUUCGGACGUGGAACAGGAAACCCAUAGCGUCUCAGAUAGCCUGGACUCAGCUUGGCAAAGAUUAAGCAACUCGUAUUCAAGGCUUAUUCCGUAUAGAGAUCGUACGGUCGAUAGAUGGCACAGAAAGACUCAAAUAUCUUCAGGCGCUGCGGCAUCGCGAUCGAAGUUAAAAGCUUUCAAUCAGAGUAUUUCACAACAAGUAGCAGCAGCAAUGAAGGACACGCCGCGUUUCAUAGCAAGAAUGAUGCGCUCCGAACCUUUGAAAACACAGACGGACACAAACGAUAUGGAAGCAAAGACUAAUGAAACUAAGGUGUUUGAUGAUUCCGAGUUCUAUCAGCAGCUUUUACGUGAAUUUCUCGAGUCUUCAAAUCCCACUGGCCUCGACCAUGACGCAGUUCGAAAGCUCCGGAGCAAGAAAAGGAAAAACGUAGAUCGUCGCGCUUCUAAAGGCCGAAAGACAAGAUACACUGUCCAUGAGCCACUGGUAAAUUUCAUGGUUCCUGAACCGAUGGUACUACCACCUAUGGCUACAAAACUAUUCACCAGCCUGUUUGGAAGUAAACCUGCGACUUCUGCCGUGAAUCUGGAAGCAGCAGCGUGAUGUUAUGGGAGAACAAGGAAAAAAAAAUAGAACUGAAAGUCAGGACGAUGCAACGCUCGCCCUCGUUAAUUUCAA